AUGACCUUUAGCGACAUGUUAACAACUUCACCGAAAUCAUUUCGAUGUUCUUCAGUUAGCAAUCAAUUGAAUCAAACAAAUCAACAGGGGAAACUCAAACGAUUGAAUACGUCGAUAUUAAACUUAAUCUCUCGUUCUCAACAAAUCGAUUCUUCCAAAAAACUCAAUACAAAUGCACAAUUAGCAAAGCAACAAGUAUUUCUUCAUCCGCCAUCUGCACUCUCGAGAUCAAUUUCGAACAAAUCAGUUACAUUUGCAUUAGUCUUCGAUGAAAUGGACAUUCCAACAAAAGAACCUGAAGCCAAUGAGGAUUCGAUUCUCGUGGUUCCAAACAAAUACGUGACGAAGGGAAACGAUGCCAAUAUUGAGCCAUAUCCAUUUCGGUCAGAGAUUCCUUUCGAUUGUUUGAUUAAAUCGAAUUCAUCAACGAAUAUCAUCGACUGUCAUGAACCUAAAAAGAAAUUUUUGAAUUUCCAUCGACAAAAAAAAGUUCGUCAUCCAAUUGAAGUCUCUUCGAUUAACCGAUCAACAUCAGUUCCAGUAAUCAAUGAACAACAGCAACAACAAAAAUCAUCAAAGAAAAUCUCACCGUAUCGACGUAUGAAAUUCUCGUCCUUCACUCGUUUUCUUCAAUCAUUCGCCAAACAUUCAAAUGAUCAUCCCAAAUCAAAGUCUUCGAUAAAACCCACCACGUUCCGAAAAUAUUCCGAAAUGUUUUACUAA